UCUCUGGGGCUCUUUGUAUCUGUCCCUCACACACACACACACACACCUUAAUCGCUCAGAUCUGGUUAAAAAAAAUACAGUAUUUUAUUAUUAGUUGUUGGUGUUAAUAAUAAUCAUUAGAAGCAAAACGGGAAUGUUUUUAAGGAGUGUUUUGAUGACGUCACAUUCGUGCGCCGGGCUCCCCUUCUAACUUGGAGGAUAAUAAUGUCUACUAAACGGCGCUCGAACGGCACAAAUAAAGGGAAAAGUGUUAAAAAGAGUAAAGAGGGCGAAGUCGCUGUGAUCAGCUCGGACCUGAAGGAUGAUGUGAUCCGGAAUGGAAUGAAAGACGCUUGGAGGAAAAAGACGAGUUUCUCUCAGGGCGGCGUGCAGCUGGACUGUGAUCCGUUUCCUCACUGUAUGAUCAGGAACUUUGUUCAGAACGAGAGUUUUGUGGAGAACCUGAGAGAUGAACUGCUGCAGCUCAACUUUCACAGCAAAUCCAACGACCUGUACAAAUUCCAGCAGUCUGAUGAUCUGAAGAAGAGGAAAGAACAUCACAUUUCUGAAAUAAGGUCACUUCUUUUCCACCAGUUCCGCUCGUGGCUGUCUGAAGUGUUAGGAGUGGACUUGGAGCCGACUGUGGAUAUUUCCUGUGCUAAAUACGAGCACACAGACACCUUGCUGUGUCACGAUGAUGAACUUGAAGGCCGGAGAGUCGCUUUCAUCCUUUACUUAGUGACUCCGUGGGACCUGAGUGAUGGAGGAACUUUAGAUUUGUACAACACAAAUGAACAUUAUGAACCAGUGAGCAUAGUGAAGUCUCUGCUGCCCAGCUGGAACACUUUGUUGUUUUUUGAAGUCUCUCCUGUUUCCUUCCAUCAGGUGUCAGAGGUUCUUACUGAUGAAAAGUGUCGUUUGUCCCUGAGUGGUUGGUUUCAUGGUUUGUCCCUGCAGAGACCGCUGCGCUACACAGAACCCGGAGCACCACGUCACACACACGUCCUCGCAGAUGAGACAUUGUUGUUUGAGUGGGUGAAUGAGAACUACAUGGAUCCUCUGUAUCAGGCUCAGGUCCAGCAGGAGUUUGAGGACACUUCAGAAAUCCGCUUGCCGAACUUCCUGCAGGAGGAGAAAUAUACGCAGGUGAUCGAAGCCUUGCGAUUGGCUGAAAUCCAGUGGGAGAGGACAGGACCGCCCAAUAAGAGAUGUUAUGCACGAGCACAGCUACAGAAUUUACCCUCCUGCUUAAAGGAAUGCUGGGAUCUGCUCAUGUCUGAGGCCUUCUUCCUCCUGCUGUCCAACCUGACGGGGCUGAGCCUGCACGCUCUAGCUGCCGGGGACGAGGAGAGCGAUAGCGAGGGUCAGGAAGGACCGAUAGACGGACAGGAGGGACAGAGAGACGGGCAGGAGGGACCGAGCGGCACAGGUGAUGGAGAGGACCCCAGUAGCACUUCGUCAUCAACAGAGAAGACACCCAAAGGUCCUCCUGUGUGUGUUGGUGAACUCCGUCGUUGGUCUCAUGGUGAUUACACUCUGCUGCAUGACUCUGUAAAAAGAGAGUUUGCACUGGACCUGCUGCUUCAUUUGGGCUGUACAGGGUGGAAGGCUGAGUUCGGAGGAUUCACGUCGUACAUCGCUCACGAUGAAGACGAAGAGCUCCUGACCGUGUACCCUGAGGACAACUCUUUAGCGUUAGUGUACAGAGACAAAGAGACGCUGAAAUUCAUCAAACACAUCAAUCACAACAGCGUUCAGGAGAACGAACACACCGCAUUCACACACUUUUACGAUUUCUCUUUCACUUACUACGAAUAAACAUGACCACAUGAACAAGAAAGACUUUAAUCGACACUUUAUACAUCAAGAACGGCAUGUUACAGUGUAACAAAAGUGCAUAAGUUUUCACCCCUGUGGAUUCAGGGUGAAUAAAUAAUAAACCGUGUCCGUUAUAAAGUUUAUGUACAAUAAUAAACAUUUAUGUUUCAUUCA